ACAAAGUGAUGGCAGCGGACAAUGCUUCCUCCCAGGUUACGAUAGGACAGCCACAUCUGGCAAAGCAAGAUCUGUCUAAAUUGGAUGUAUCGGAGCUAAAUCCUCUUACUCCCGAAGUUAUAAGUCGACAGGCAACUAUUAACAUCGGAACAAUUGGUCAUGUGGCCCAUGGAAAAUCCACAGUUGUCAAAGCAUUAUCAGGAGUACAGACUGUCAGAUUUAAGAAUGAACUGGAGAGAAAUAUCACAAUCAAGUUAGGAUAUGCUAAUGCAAAGAUCUACAAGUGUGAUGGUAGCUCUUGUUCAAGACCUGGAUGUUAUCGUUCUUCUGGUAGUGCCAGGGAAGAUGUAUUCAGUUGUGAAAGACCGGGCUGCAAUGGAAAGUUUAGACUAGUUAGGCAUGUGUCAUUUGUGGACUGUCCUGGUCAUGACAUUCUUAUGGCCACCAUGUUGAACGGUGCUGCAGUUAUGGAUGCUGCUCUUUUACUCGUAGCUGGAAAUGAAUCUUGUCCUCAGCCACAAACCUCAGAACAUCUGGCCGCCAUUGAAAUCAUGAAGCUUAAACACAUAAUUAUCCUACAGAACAAGAUAGACUUGGUCAAAGAAAGCCAGGCUAAAGAACAGUAUGACCAGAUACUCAAGUUUGUUCAAGGAACAAUUGCCGAGGGAGCCCCUGUUGUACCCAUCUCGGCACAGCUCAAGUACAACAUAGAAGUUAUCUGUGAAUUUAUCUGCAAGAAGAUUCCUGUUCCCGUCAGAGAUUUUACUUCAAGUGCUAAACUCAUAGUUAUCAGGUCUUUUGAUGUAAACAAGCCUGGUUGUGAAGUUGAAGAACUUAAGGGUGGAGUUGCUGGAGGAAGUAUAUUAUGUGGAGUUCUUAGGGUUAACCAAGAAAUUGAAGUGAGACCUGGUAUUGUCUCAAAGGACAGUGAAGGCAAAUUGCAGUGCCGUGCCAUAUUUUCUCGUAUUGUAUCCCUGUUUGCUGAGCAGAAUGACCUUCAAUAUGCUGUGCCUGGAGGACUGAUCGGUGUUGGAACAAAGAUUGACCCAACGUUAUGUAGGGCUGACAGAAUGGUUGGACAGGUUUUGGGUGCUGUUGGUACACUUCCUGAGAUUUACACCGAGUUGGAAAUCAGUUACUUCUUGUUGAGAAGACUGCUAGGAGUAAGGACUGAGGGCGACAAAAAGGGAGCCAAGGUUCAAAAGUUAUCCAAGAAUGAAGUGUUGAUGGUAAACAUUGGAUCUUUGUCUACUGGAGGCCGCGUUUUGGCUGUCAAGGCAGAUUUAGCGAAAAUAGUGUUGACUCAGCCGGUUUGCACUGAGAUUGGAGAGAAGAUUGCACUUAGUAGAAGAGUUGAAAAACACUGGAGGUUGAUCGGUUGGGGCCAAAUCAGAAGAGGAGUUACAAUAAAACCAGAGUCAUGAAGUAAUCGUCAGUUUAAUAUUCUAUAGUUUUCAAGCACAAUAUCGACAACAACAACAACAACAACAACAGCAACGUCUUCUUUCGAGUCUCAUCACGUCGCUCGGUAAACCGAGUGUGACCAAGAUGUGUGCCCUUUUUAUGGAUUGCUAUGGCAAAAUGGCGCGUUUGAAAAUGUGUCUUUCUUGUCUCGAAAAGAUAAAAACAUUGUCAGCUUGUGAAGAGUCUUAUAUUGUACGUGUGAUAAGACUGAUUGUUGCUGACGUGAGGUCAAAACAAGGAAGUGGAGCUUUUGACAGGGCUUCCCGAUACUCUGUUGCCUGUUAAUUAGUUUUGACAACUUUUUGACAACUUUCUCGUGGUUUCUUUUUCAACUGGCCAAUCAAAAUGCCGCACGCGAGGGAGGCGGAGUUGACAAUUAUUGGGAAGCAAACGUCAAACUUAACAUCUUCGCCUCUCAGAGGCAACAGAAAGUUGUCAAAAAGGUGUCAAAAUUGAAUGAUAACUUUUUCAAUUGGCAACCAUUCGGCGAGCACCAUUGUAAAGGUCCCAUUAAAAAGUUACUAACGUUAAGCCAGAGAUUGUAACCGAAAAAAAUCUUAAUAAACAUGAGUCUAUUAACUUAAA